AUGCUGAGGCAAUUAUCCUAUUUGCUAGGCUUUUUAUUUUUUACAAGUGUACAAGGAGGAAUUGAGUUCAAUUCAAAGGAUCAGUCGUCGUGUGUUCUCCAAGAUGCACCACAACAAUGCGGCUCCUUUUGCUUGGCCGCACUCAACCCGCUGUUUGACGAUUCUGAUAAUAUCCGAAAAACGUUGGAAGAAAUCGAGGCAGGGCAGAAAGCCUUUAGGAUAACCACGGCGCAAGGACAAGAGGAUCUGCAGGCCGGACUCGAUUCGAGAUUCAAGCUGGCGGAAGAACAACAUAUGGCGGUGAACUCGGAAAUGAAGAACCAACUGCAAGAACUCAUCACAAAAGAAGACUUCGCGAAUUCAAUUAAGGCUUUGCAGACUAAGCUGGAUAUGGGAUUGGACAGAAUGGAGGAACUUAGGACGAUCAAAAUAACAGCCGAUGCCCACGAUGAACUCAAAAUCCAAGUGAAUACUCUACAAGACACCAUAAAAAGCUUGCAGAGUCAGCUAAAAACAUCUGAAGGUCAAACCAAAAGCAAGGAAGAGGAAAUCUAUGACCUUGCGACUCGAAUUAAAGCGAUUGAGAAAUCAAAGUCAGAACUAUCUAGUCAGCUUUCGGAAUACCAAAAAAAACUCAAGGAGAUGGAACCAUUUAAGGUGUCAUGUGCGUCGUCUCCACCUGGUUGGACUGUAAUUCAGAGGCGCAUUGACGGAUCCGUGAACUUCCAUCGAAACUGGGAUGAGUAUAAAAACGGAUUUGGGAAUGUUAGAGGAGAAUUUUUCAUCGGGCUGAAAAAAUUGCAUCGGAUGACUGAAGCACGACCCCACGAACUCUACAUUAAACUUGGAAAGGUUAAUGGAUCCACCAGCUACGCUCGUUACGAUGACUUUAAGAUCGGGAGUGAGGAGGAAUUGUACGAGUUGAAGAAUCUAGGGAAAUAUUCUGGUGAAACCGGAGACUCCCUUUCAGACAAUAAGAACAUAAAGUUCUCCACUUAUGAUCGGGAUAAUGACAGUAUUAGUUCUUAUAAUUGUGCCUCUUUAUAUGGUGCAUGGUGGCACAAAAGCUGUUCAGACAGUUGGCUCAAUGGAAAAUACCUCACAGAUGGCAAAGGUGAUUUAGGAAUUCGUUGGUCUCAGCAGCGCAUUCAGUCCGCCUGGCAUCUACGUGGGGAUGAGGAUGGGGAUGGGGAUGGCGAUGGGAUGGCGAUGGGAUGGCAGCCGGAGACGGGAGCCACGGGCUCUGUGCGUGCGAUGAACAUGUGCGGAUCGUGCUCCGAGUUGAGGGAGCUGGCGACAUUAAUGGCAGCUCCAGAGCAUUCCUCUACACUCAAAACCAUCUAG